GUAGGAUGGGAAAAAGAGAACCUAAAAUAUGAACUUGUAGUUUAGGCGAGAUUUAGUAUCAAAUUUGAAAAAUUGUUUUGUUCAGUGAAUGAAUCGUUUAAUUAAGCUCCUGGGACGAAGUUUUUUUCGAAAAUAUCGGACUGUUCUUAGACAGAGACCUAUUAUAUUUUUUAAACCUAUACCAUUAGUUAGCACAAUCAUAUGGACCAUUUGGAGUAACGUCCUUUGUGAACCAAAGAUUAACGUGGAAGAUGACGUGCGAAAAGCAUGCGAUGAAGGUGAAGCAGCUUUAAUUAACUUAAUGAACCGAGUAAAAAAGUUGGUAGUAGAAACAUCUAUUGAAUAUCGUCAGUGCUUGGCAAAACAAAUCGAAAUAACUCAAAAAGCAAAGAUUAUUGGGCCACAAGUAUAUGACGAUCUUCCAAAGCAUCGAACACUGGGUGAGACUUUAAGUCAUGAAUUAAAUGAAUAUUUAAUUAUAUUUAAAACAAUUGGAGAAAUAGCAUACAAUCAAUCUUUAUUAAGUCUUCUAUUAAAUGAAGUGGAUUUUGAACGUCUGUGUAUCGCAUAUAAAGAAUUGGAAAUUGUUAUCUUGAGAGAGUUUGGAGAAAAUAAACGCAAAGAAUUGGAGCUUUUCCAAACCAAAUUAGAAGUUAUUAAUAUACAUUAA